AUGGCUAACAACCGUGUUCCGAUCAACUACGAAGUACCGGCUUUUCCAUCGUUAUACGAUCCCCUGCCGUCGCAUCACAAGCAAGCAUACUACCUAUACUACACGAAGGAUAUUUGGCGCUUUACACUCUUCUGGACACUGGUAUUCUAUGCGGCAACACAUCUCACCGUCGCUGGCUGUGCGGUGUUGACCCAUUUUCGUAGCUGGAAUGUGAUAUGGGUGGUUCCGUUGGUCUACAGCUUCGUCGCGGGUGUGGAAGGACUUCUAGCCGGGAGUAUUGUUGGACUUGUUCUCGGCGCGAUAUAUGAAGCAGGCAAUUUCAGGAUGUCAACUUGGCUGCCGAUGAUAUGGGCCGGCGUCAACGUUAUGGUCCUUAUUGUCACCAGCUUUCCGAUGCGCGGUGGUCUCUGA